GAAAUCUACGAACCAUCUUCGUAGUUGCUUGGAGAGAGUGAACGAGGCAUCAAAUAUUGUACUGACCUACCACGAACACACAACUUUCGACAUGAGGACUUUUAUGUUGGCUUGUUUCGCCGUUUUGGCCGCAGCAGAAGAUGUGACGGUCAAAAUCAAGCAAGGCGGAGUCAAAGGAAACCGACAAGACCACGAUCACGGCCAAUACUAUUACGCCUUCAAAGGUAUCCGAUAUGCCCAACCACCGACAGAAAAACUCCGAUUCCAGGCUCCCGUAGAGGUCGAGAACUGGACCGGAGACUUUGACGCCACUGAUGAUGGUAACAUUUGCCCUCAAUAUGACAUCUCACAUAGCAGAGCCGUGGGUGACGAGGACUGUCUUAACCUCAACGUGUACACGCCCAAGUUGGACAACAAGAAGCGAGCUGUGAUCGUGUACCUCCAUGGCGGAGCAUUUAUCAUGGGAGGCGGUGCCUCUUACUUUUUUGGCCCCAACUAUCUCUUGGAAAACGAUGUGGUCUUGGUCACUUUGAAUUACCGCCUGGGACCUCUGGGAUUUUUGGCCACCGAAGAUAAGGCUGCCGGUGGCAACUUUGGUAUCAUGGAUCAAAUUUUGGCUCUUAAGUGGGUCAAGGCUAAUAUUGAGAAAUUCGGAGGGGAUGCCAGCAAAGUGACUUUGUUGGGAGAGGAUUCUGGUGCCGCUUCUGCCACUAUCUUGGCCAUGAGUCCAAUGGCCGAAGGUCUUUUCCAUGGCGUUAUUGCCUUGUCCGGAAACGCUCUUUGUGAUCAAUAUAUGCAAACUAAACCCCAGGAAGCUGCCGCAGACCUCGCCACUCGUUUGGAGUGCUCCUCGGAAAAGGGAUCUGAUAUCGUUGACUGCUUGAGACGCCAGACUCAACAAGACAUCAUCCUGAAGUCCAAUGACAUGUACAUGUUCUUCUCCUUCCCAAGAUGGUUUGUUCCCAAUGUGGACGGAGUGGUCUUGGCCGAUACCCCUGAGAACCUCUUGUCUCAAGGCCGAUUUGCCAAGGUUCCCUUCAUUAUUGGUCAAACUAAAGACGAGGGGGCCUUCUUCUACCGACUCACUCUGAACUCCUUCAACAACGGCGUGUAUGACGACAACUUCAUUGACCACAAGCUUCCCCGAAUCCUGCCCGUCCUCUCCAAUUUUGAUUCCAAACUCUACCCUAUUACUCGCCAAGUUCGUAAGAAGUAUUUCGUGAACGUGGACAUGGAGAACGAGGACGAGUUCCGACCUAAAUACGUGGAAUUCCUUACCGAUUUGAUGUACACUCGUUGUACCGACAAGUUCGCCAAGAUCUUGGCCAACCAUUCCGUUCCUACUUACGAGUACUCCUUUGAUUACCGUGGCCAAUACUCGAUCGUUAACCUUCAGGGCGAACAAGUGGACAUGGGCGUGGCUCAUGGCGAUGACUUGCAAUACAUUUUCGCCGACAUCUGGGGUGAAGAGUUGACCAUGUCCAGCGCUGACAAGAAGUUCGUCAAGAACGUGUUCACUCCCAUGCUCACAAACUUUGCUAAGACAAGUGUGCCCACUCCUCAAAUUACUGAUAUGAUCAACGUGGCUUGGGCUCCAUUGGCUCCCAACAAGAACAAGGUUUAUCACAUCGGUUCCAAGCUCUCAGUGGAUGAGAACUGGAAGAAAGACGCUCUUAAGUUUUGGUCAGAGGAUAUUCCAAAUAUUUUCAAUAAGAAAUCAAAGAAGGCUGAGAAAAAAGCUGCCAAGGAAGAGCUUUAAAUGACGAUCUAGCCAGUGAUAUUCAUAUAUUUAAAUUGAUACCAUCUGUAUUGAGGACAAAGUUUGGCAUUAAAGCUAUAAUACCAAUCUUGAGAAAAGUGUCCUAGCCUUUGAAGCCUUUUUUACCCUCCUAUUCAGAGGGUCAAAUCUAUAAACGAUAAAUUUUCACCCCAGGAACAAAAAUUUGGGACAACUUGCUCACAACAACGUCACAAAAAUCUUCCAAACGUUUUGAAAAUGAUGACUAAUUUCAUACUUAGCUCAUUGUUCCGGUACUCUCAAAAAUACUCAUGUUGUACAUAAACGUGUGCUUUACAAGAGAAAUGGAAUAAACACAGGUUGGACGUGUCUUCGUCCGAAUAUAAAAGGAAAAGGGUAGCACUUUGUU